AUGGAUUACGGACUAUCAGCCCGCGGCAGUGAGGCAGCCAAGCCAAAUGAUGACCUGCUUCUCUGGACCAUCGUCAAGGACCUCUGGGACCCCGAAGUCAACCCAACAGGCUACGUCAGUUUAGGUAUUGCCGAAAACACACUUAUGCACGACAGACUGUCCGCCCAUAUCCACAGCAACCUUGCUGUGCCUAACCAUUCUUUCACGUAUGGUGAUGGCAUGACCGGAUCCAAACGUCUCAAAUCAUCACUCGCGCGGUUCCUGACAGAACGACUGAAGCCGGCAACAAGCAUUGAGCCGCAGCAUAUCUCCGUGACUAACGGCUGCAGCUCAGCAAUUGAGCAUCUAGCCUGGGCGCUAGGAAACCCUGGCGACGGCUUUCUGCUCGGACAACCUCACUACGGGGCUUUCCCCCUGGAUGUUGAGUAUCGGAUAGGAUGCAAACUUGUGCAGGUGCCGUUCCACAAAGUCGAUCCCUUCGGUUUGGAUGCAGUACAGAAAUACGAGGAUGCGUUGUUCGCUGCUCAGGCCAAGGGGACCAGGGUCGCCGCCAUUAUUCUGUGCCACCCUCACAACCCCCUCGGGAGAUGCUAUCCACGAGGAACAAUCAUUGCGCUGAUGCGACUCUGUCAGAAAUACAACAUGCACCUCAUCAGUGACGAAAUCUACGCCUUGUCAGUCUGGAACAAUACAAUCGACACCCAUCCGGCGCCUGUCCCCUAUGAGUCAUGUCUUUCUAUCGACACGACAGGCAUCAUGGACUCUCAUCGGCUUCAUGUCCUCUGGGGCAUGUCCAAAGACUUUGGUGCAAAUGGUAUCAGGCUUGGCGCCAUCAUCUCUCAACACAAUCCCUCAUUUCACAGUUCUCUAACACCGGUGGGCAUCUACAGCUCGCCUUCUGCGAUAGUAGACCAUGCAACUGCCAACAUUCUUGAUGACACAGAGUGGGUCAAUGGGUAUAUUGAGGAGAAUCAGCGCAAGCUUCAAGAGAACUUCGAGCUAGUUGCUCAUUGGGCCAAGAGUAGCGGCAUUGACUAUGCACAAGGCGCCAACGCCGCCUUUUUCUUGUGGGUGAAUUUAGGCAAGGCAUACCGUGAGCGUCAACCUCAAAGAGAGGUUCAGGAUAUCAGUGCAGAAGUGAUGGGCGCACUGCUUGAAAGAAGGGUAUUCUUGGCAUCCGGGAAGCGGUUUGGUUCUGAACAACCGGGGUGGUUCAGGAUUGUGUUUUCAAAUAAAAAGGAGCUCGUGUCGGAAGGUCUUCAUCGAAUUACUGAAGUGUUGAACAGCUAG